GUAACGCGGCCGCCCCGCGCUCCGCCCGCCCGGGAUGCGGCCCCGGCGCCCGGGCCGGGCAUGAGGGACGGCGGGGGGGCCGCGCCCAGCACCGGGACCGGACGGGAGCGCCGCGCCCGGGCACCGGCGGGGCUCCUCCUCGCUCACUGCUAUGGACAGUGCUAUCACCCUGUGGCAGUUCCUCCUCCAGCUCCUCCAAGAGCCUCAGAACAAGAACAUCAUCUGUUGGACCUCCAACGACGGGGAGUUCAAGCUGCUGCAGGCAGAGGAGGUGGCCAGGCUGUGGGGGAUCCGCAAGAACAAGCCCAGCAUGAACUAUGAUAAACUCAGCCGAGCGCUCAGAUACUACUACGUGAAGAAUAUCAUUAAGAAAGUGAACGGGAAGAAGUUUGUGUACAAGUUUGUCUCGUAUCCGGAGAUUUUAAAUAUGGACCCGCUCGUCGUGGGCCGGAUAGAAGGAGACCCUGAGCUGACUGGCUUUGGAGAGGUCAACAGCGCUCCAAAGGACGUGGAAAACUGUGGGAAGGAGAAGUCCCAGUCGUGUGCGAAGUCCUCGAGCCGCAACGACUACAUCCACUCAGGCCUGUACUCCUCCUUCACCCUCAACUCCCUCAACAGCUCCAGCGUCAAACUCUUCAGGUCCAUCAAGAUCGAGAACCCGGCGGAGAAGCUGACGGAGAAGAAGCCUCAGGAGCCGACCCCCUCCGUCAUCAAGUUUGUCACCGUGCCCUCCAAAAAGCCGCCCUCGGCCCCCCUGGUCUCCACCGUCUCCGCGGCUUCCGCCGCUCCCGCCGCGUCCUCCUCCCUUCCCCUGGGAUCCGAGGAGACCCUCCAGACCCUGGAGACGCUCGUCCUGCCCAAGUUAACUGUCCCCGAAGCUCCAGCACCUUUGCCAAACUUAACCAGCAGCUUCACCCCGACCCCCCCCAUGUCCUCGGUGUCUCCCACUCUCCAGGUCCCUUCCACGCCCCCGUCGCCGCCCCUGAGCUCCAACCCCGACCUGGACAUUGACACGGACAUCGAGUCCGUGGCCUCCCAGCAGCUGGAGCAGGCCCAGAGCCUUCAGCACCAAUCCCCAGAGCCCAAAGAGCAGGAUUCAUCCGUGCUGGAGAAGGAAUUUGCCAAUCACCUCUCCAGAUCUAAGAAACCCAAAGGGCUGGAGUUGGCUCCCACUCUCGUCAUCACGGGCAGCGAUCCAAGUCCUCUGGGCAUUCUGAGUCCUUCUCUCCCCACUGCUUCUCUUACUCCAGCACUUUUCUCUCAGACUCCCAUCCUGCUGACUCCCAGCCCUUUGCUCUCCAGCAUCCACUUCUGGAGUACCCUGAGCCCGGUGGCUCCUCUCAGUCCUGCCAGGUUGCAAGGUGCUAACACCCUCUUUCAGUUUCCAUCAGUGCUGAACAGUCAUGGCCCAUUUACUCUGUCUGGACUGGAUGGACCCUCUACCCCUGGCCCGUUUUCCCCUGAUCUCCAGAAGACAUAGCACAUGGAAUUCAUGGAAAGGACACGUUGGCAAACAAGGGAAAGAUGGGACACUUCUAUUUAACCACGUUUUUUAAAAAUGAGCAAUUUAUAAUUCCACACAGAGAUUCUCAACGAUCGUAGUUUUCACCAUUCCCAAGUAAAAAUGCCUUUUUUUUUUGCAAAAUUCCCUUUUUUUCUGAAGAACCCAGGUUGGGAAUGUAUAUGCAAAGGCCUUAAUAGGAGCUGCAGCUCCAGUUUUCUUCUCUUCCCUCCUUGGUUUGGAAGAUUUCACGUGGUCAAAAAGGGACUUUUGGUCGGUGUUGCAGCAGCUGAGUCUGCACUGAUUGCAGUGAACAGUGUCAGGGAAGUCUUUUCUCUGUGACUUUUGGGGGAAAAAAAACAAAACAAACCCUCUGUUCUUCUGCUUCCUGUGCUUGGCAAGAAGAUAUCUGAUCAGGAUGGAAGCUGGCAUUCCAGGAAAUGCUUGGGAAAGGGGUGUGUGCACUCCAGCUUUGCCUGGGGGGGCCACGGUGACUUCUGCAGCAACAAAAACAGCCUGGUCUGUUCUGCUGUAAAAUCAUCUUGUCUUUUUUGCAGGGAGAAAUUUUUCAAGGACUAUUAUUCAGUGCUUCAUAUCCUGAGAUAUUGGACAAUUUGGGAAUUGUGGUGGUGUGUGUCCCACCAGCCCAACCCCUGGGAGAAGUGGUCUGGCUGGAUCCUGGAUGCUUCCCUGCCCUCCCUUUGGUGGGGAGGUGAGGUCUGGAGAGAGAGAGAAAUCAGUGGUGGGAUGAGUUCCUUUCAACCCUCAGAGAGUUUGAAUGCUGAAGUCCAAACAUUUCUUGUGCCAGAGACCUCUUCCAGAGCUUGUGAUCUCACUGCUGGAUGAGCAGGAUGGUGGAUUUUCCUUGGAAGUUUUGGGGGGUGGGUGCCUGUGCUGAGGUUGCUGCCUGGUGCUGGAGUUCCACACCCAAACAGUGGUGAGAGCACAGAUGUCCCAGCAUUAACUGCUCUUUCCCACAGGUUUGGAAAAGUUUCCUGCUUUUCCACAAGUGGAGGAGCUCCUCUUCUACCAGCUCUUAGCUCGACUUUUGCAUUAGAGCUGUUGUUUGGUUUUUUUUUUGAGGAAGCACUGACCCAAACUCAGGCUCAGUGUGUCCCCCUGGCUGUAAAUCUGCUCUUGCAUUGCUUUUCUUGGUGGUGUGGAUGGAUCAAGAACGAGAGAUUUCAUUUCCAGAGCCAUUCGAGACGAAACGAAAUUUGUAGUUAGAUUUUAUUUUUUUUUUUUUUUUACACCUCAGGAGGCCUUUUAAGAGAACUGAGGAGUGAAAGGAAGGGAGAUUUGUCCUCUCUCAGCCCCUCAGAGUCUGGAUGUCUUGGUCUGUGGGUGCUGGGCCCUGUGUCCUCCUUCCACUUGGGGCAUCUGAUGUCAGGCAGCAACUUCUGUUUUGCUACUGAGUGGGUUGAGAUGGGGAUGGAAGGGAAUCUUUUUCCAUAAAACACCCAGUAGAAAACAGAUGGGAACAUCUCUCUCCUUCAGCAUCCUCACCUGGCUGCCUGCAGAGUUUUCAGGAGCAGAAGAUUUCGCAGCAAGAGGAGCUGACAGUGUUUGCUGUACAUAUUUGCACCCCUUUCAUGGAGAAGUUUGGUGAACUCAAAGCUUUCCAGAAGUUUUUUUUUUCCCUUUUGCCACUUUUGCAGGCUUGGAAUUCACUUUGCAAGGGUGUGACAGCACCCUGGACUUCUCUUCCUUGGUGGUGUUACCUUCCUGUAUCUGACAUUGAAAGGUGUGCAACCACUUUGUGUGUUCCUGACGUGACACCUGGGACAGGUGGGUGGAACAGCUGAUUUUUUUGGGAGGGGAAUGGGGGGCAUUGUUCAUCCAGAACACCUGCCCAGUGGGAAUGGGAGAAGAGAGUAUUCCUUCUUCAGGUGGAGAAGCUCAUGGAGUGACCUGUCUUCCUGUUGGGUUCUGUCAGAGGCAUAAAUGCUUCACAUUUUAGACAUCAGCAGAUGCAGGAUGAAGUUCCUGUGCCAGCAGCUCUUAAAAUGUGCAAUAUUGACCUUUUCUUUUUUUUUUUUUUUUUAAUUAUUAUUAUUUUUUUAAUGCAGAAGCAAAGCUGCAGAUGAUAAUUGAGAGCAGGCAUCUGGAAUUUUCUGGUUUGCAUGGUGGCUUUUGAGUCUGCUCUAGAAAAAUAUAUAUAGCUAUGUAUAAAUAGCAGCACUUUUUUUUAAUGGUUGUUUUAGGUUGGCCAAUUUGACGCCCACCAAGUGUGUGGACUUUUUGAGAGCAACAUUGCAGGCUAGGAUUAGAAUUUAAAAAGUACUUAAUGAGCACUAAAAACCCUUGCAAUUUAAUUGCUUCCCUUUCCUUGUCCCCUAUGGAGAAAAGCCAAGUUUAUUUGUUUAAAAAGUUGUGUGUGUGCACACGUGCACUUAAUUCUCUGUGAACUUUUAUCACUUUUGAGCAGAGGGUAUGCAAGAGAACCCAGCCUGGGGUCCUGCUCUUCUCCAAGAGAACCCAGCCUGGGGUCCUGCUCUUCUCCAAGAGAACCCAGCCUGGGGUCCUGCUCUUCUCCAAGCAGCUUCCUAAGAUUGCACUGCCAUAGCUGGGGGAGAGCCACCUUUCCCUCUGGGAAUCCCUUGUGCAGAGGAAGCUCAUGUGGAAAUGCAGCCUGGAUGGGAUGGUUUCUAUCUGGGAAUAUCCACUGAGGUGGUGGUUGCUUUUCCUUCCCAAGGGAAAUCAAAAUCCAUGGAUUUUACAGUCUUAGGAGGCAGUUGGGAAAGCACAUGGGAAGGGCAGGGAAGGGGGGGAGAGGAGCAACUUGCUGCCUUUUCUCCAUUCCAGCUUUCAGGUCACUUAAAGGGAAUAUUAUCUUGUAUAUAUGCUGCCUGAUUAAACACACAUUUACUGACAGGUAUGGAACUGCCAGCUUUUUUUUUUGGAUCACAUUCCUGACGGAGCACAGGGUCCUGUGACUCCUUGGGGCUCAGUGAUGUGAUUGCUGGUUCUCUGCUAGGUCACUUCAGGAGCACUUUGCAGCUCCUUGCAACUUGUUUUUUAAUUUAGUGUAGGGCAGGUGGGGGUUAACAGAGGUUCUCUUUUCCUGGCCACGGUGGCAGUUUGCACUGUGGUGGCUUAAAAAAGUGACAAUGCAGCAUUACAGAAACCUUUCCUUAGCUACCAGUUGAUGCUGCUGGAGUAGCCAUGGGAUUGUGGAAUGCUUGGGAAUAUUUGCAUCGGUUAAUUGGUAGCUGGUGGUAGAAUUGGACUGGAUGAGCAUCUUGUCUUGCUUCUGGAAAUCUCUUUUCUGUGUCACUGCAGAGCUGGGAGUCUCACCCUGCUGGUGCUGUGUGUGCCACACCUGAGAUUCCGGAUUCUCGGGAUGCCACUGGUGACACAGACAGUCCAUGGAAGCAGGAAUGUGUUCAUGAUCCCCUCCAGUCACAGAACCAUUCGUGUUCUGUCUCACCUGUGAAGGGAAUCCUGGGGAGGAGGGGGAUGGAGGAGCAUUGGGGUUUUUUUUAAACAGCAGCUCCAGUCCAGAGCCUUGUUUCAGAACCUGAGCUGUUCAGCAGUGGUGGCUGAAUGCAAUUCCUAUGCACUGCCUUUGGCACAUUGGAGCUGUGCUUUGCAAUAGGUCAGCAGGUGAUAAAAUUCCUUGAGUUGGAGAAUUCAGUGUUUUAACUUGGAGCAUCCUCAGACUUCAGCAUCCACGCAGUCUUUGGGGGGUGUGAGAACAGAGAGGCUUUGCCUGUUCAGUGGUUCAUUUGGGAUAAUUUCUCCCUCUGAUACGUUUUCAGACCUCAGAUUUCUCACCAAUAGAUUCUUCUUGUGUUCAUAGCGUUCCUCCUAAGGACAGUGAAGGCUGCUUAGGUGCAAAUCUCCCUUUUCCCAGCUUCCCACAACGCUGAGCUGCAGCAAGGUCAGGUUCCCUCGGGACUUCAGCUCUCACAGGAGAGCUCUGCAGGCUGAGGUGGGAGGACAGAGCUGUCCUAGAGCAGUGAUGGCUUUCUCAGGUGAGAGUUUUGAUCCACUUCUGUAGCGUUUUUCCCAGUGCUGAGCUCAGAACCUGCAGUUCUGACACACUCUUGUCUCCCACGAUUUAUUCAUUUAGCUUUUAGUUACCUUCUGCUCCUGUUUUAUAGCAGUUUUUGUAUGUACUCCUGUUUUAUGAUUUAACCUCUUCCAUUUUUAAGGCAUAUUUGUUUACAGUACAUCUCAGUGUUGUAUCAAGAGGCUCUCUUGGUAUUGUCAGCUCUGAAAAUCAACUACAGCAGUAGUUACAGAACGUUGUCAAAGUCCACGGGUGUGUUUUAAAACUCGAUGUUUUGAGUUUUUGGGUGUCCACAACAGUUUUGUUUCAUUUCUUAAGUUUCUUAAGAAAUAGAAUGUGUAUCUGUAAGAGUAGAAAUAGGGGGGAAAAAAAGAGACCUUCUGGCCUCUGAGGUCGUGGGGAUGGAUGGUUUAUUUUGUCUUAAAAAAAUCACAGAGCACGGUGUUGCAAAGAGCCCCCCCAGGAUGUCACGCUGGGCAGAUCAGUCCAAAAUCCAUGAGGAUUGCAAUCCUGGUGCUUAGAAGCUGUUCAGGAUGUUUGGUGAGGUAUAGGAUGUCUUGCCUAAACAGGGGGUUUUGUGGUUGGAUUGGAAUUUAGUGAAGCUGGUGGGUCUGGACAGCAGGUCUGCUCCGUGGGGAAGCCUUUGGCCAUCCAGGGAUGGUGGGAUGUGGGACAUGCUGGAGCUGCUCUGCUGGGAUCAGGGGCUGUCAGGUGAAGGUUGAAGGGUAAAAUGCAGUGACAAGCUCUGUGCAGUUCUCCAGGGGGUUCCUGCAGGAGGCUCUGUCUUGGAUCAGCCCCUGGGCACACGGAAUUCCACCUGGAGCGAGUAGCACCGACUGUGGAGGUAAGAGCUGGUCCUGACCAGAGAAGAACUCUUGGAAAUGGAACCAGAUCUUUCUCCACAGCCUAAUUUUAGUCAUAAGGGUACAACAGAGGAACUGCAAAGCCACAGGGGUGGUACAUCCCUGCAAAUCUGUUCAGCAGCAGCAGCUCCUUUGGAAGUUCCCUGAUGGACCUGGUGCCAUCUGGAGCAGAAAAGUGAAGCUUUGGGUUUAGUGUCUCCUGGAUCUUGGCCUGAGGUGUGUUAUUCCUGCCUUUUUACCAAGAACAAACAGAAAUAAGGGGGAUCUGUUCACUGCAGAAGGGGGAUUGGUUUUGGGCUGAGCCAGGUAAGAAAGCUGGGCAGGGCCUGUGUCCCUUCUUGGAUGUGUGUGUUAAAGGAAUUCCCUUUUGGAAUAGUGAGAUACCUGCUUCAUAAACAUUAUUUUUUGGGAAAAAAAAAAAACCACCCUAAAACUGACUAGAAUUGCUUUUUUGUUUACCCCUCCCAAAAACCAUAGCAGAAGGUUUUGCCUGUGGAGCUGUUCCAGCUGCCUGACGAGAAGCACACCCUGAGAGCUGAAAACUUGGAGGUUUUUUUAGAUUCCUUGUGCCUGGAAUAGCCCUGCAUGGAGCACACGUGUGUCAUGCCUGACAGGAUGUGUCCAGGAUGGAGUCUUGGCUUCCAAAUUUGUAUAAAUACCCCUCAGAGCAGCCACUGCACUGUGCAGUUGCCACUUUUAAAUAUGUUUUGCACACCCUGGUGAGGUUUUUUGGGGGCUUUUCCUUUUCUUUUAGGACUCAAGUCAAUCAUGCCACAGCGUGGACUCGUUGUGUUGCCAAAGGGUAUUUUUAAAAGCAGCUUUGACAUUGUUGGAUGCCACAUCUCCUAAAAAAAAAACAAGAAAAAAAAAAAACAAACGUGUCUUAAAUUUGUCUUUGAAUAGUUUUGUGUUCACGGAACAGAAGUUUGGACUCCUUUACUCGAAACACUUCUCUCCUGAGACCAGGCAUUGCAGGAGGUUUUCAUCUCAAAUUGGUUGUGGCAGGGGGUGGAACAGGGUAGUGCUGAACCUUCUGGAGAACAGGGACCUUCCUGGAGACACUGAGUGCCCCGGGAGGGGAGGCUGCAGGUGAUUUUGGAGCCCAUUUCAGCCCUUGAGCAGUACCUGCAGCAGUGCUGUACCAAUAACUGGAAGCUGUUGUUUUUUCUGGGGUUUUUUAUUUUAACUUUUUAAUUUUUGUUUUUCAGUUGGGGGUUAUUUUUUCAUGGGUUUCUGUUUUUAUUUUUUGAUCACAGGAAGGCUUUGAGGGUGGCCUCUGCAUGGUUCCUAAGUGUGUGCUGUGUGCUGGGGUGGGGUGGGGUUACAAUACCUGGGUUUGCUCGAAGCUCCUUGAGAUGUGUUGUGGUUUGUUCUUUUCUUUUCUUUCCUUUUUUUUGUUGUUGUUUUCUUUUCUUAUUUUUAUUUUGGCUGGCAUGUCUUAAAUCUUCAGGCUUUGAAACUGCUUUCUAGAGUUGUGUUGACUUUUUGUUCUGCUGUUGUUCAGUUGCACAGAGUUUUCUAUAUAUGAUGUGCUAGUUUUGACGUUGAUUCUCUGUGAACAGGGUUGAGAUUAUUCCUUGUAGUUUAAAAAGAAACCAAGUUGUAUCCUAAAAAAAAACUCCCCUUUUCAGACCUUGUUUGUAUCCUGUUGCAGUGUUACCAGAUGGCCUUAUGUACGUCACAGUGUUUUGUGAUAAGUACAGUAGCACAUUUAAUGCUUAUUUCCCCUCUGUUUUUAUAGCUGAGAAGUGUAUUUGUAAUAACAGAGCCAAAUAAAUGGGAAAAUUCUAGGUAAGGGUGGUGGUUGUCUCCCCUAAUGGGCAGUGGGGCAGCUGGAAUUAAUCUGGGACUAACCCCUUAGCCUGCCUUGGGAAUUCUGAGGCUCUUGGCAGAUGUGGAUCGUGUGCCAGGGGCUUGGAAAUCACAGCAGCUCCAUUGGCUCCACCACAACUGCUCCGACUUCCAGGGGCUGAGAACCUGCUCUGGGGGCAGCUUUUGGGCUGGGAGAGUCAGGGGAGAGGGAAGUUUGAGGUCAUUUUUAGCAACUUAAGCCCCCAAACCUGCUGGGCGGUGGGAAGGUGGGCCAGUUUUGUCCUGUUGAUUUCUGCAGUUCUGUUCUGGGAAGUGACUUCCUGAUGCCUUCAGUGGUUUAUGUUCCGUGGCUGAAUUUUUUUUAGGCUGAUCUGGGUUUUCUUUGCAGCCGAGUUUUGGGCUCCAGCAGCUGCUGGGAGCAGCCUCUGAGCAGAUUUCCCUGUCAGGUGGCUCCUAACUCUGCCAUGGAUCCAGUUUUACCUUCCUGUGAUUUUAACAGUGGUAAAAACGACUCUGGAAGCAGCAGAGAGAACAUUUUUUUCAGUUGCUCUUUCCCUGAACAGAAUUGCAUUUAUUUUUUUUUCUAUAAAUAUAUAUAUAGUACCAAGUCUGGAGACAAAGCAAGUUAUGUUGUAGUGAGUGUCUCAACUUCCUACACUGGAGACUUUUCUAGACAUGAUCUUUUAGAGACAACUGUAACCUCACCCCUCUGUGCUCCUUGUUACAGUUGGGUGAACCUGCCUGGGACAGAAAAGCUUCUCAGUCUAACUUUCUUUUUCUAAAUAAUACCUUAUAAUAAGAGUAUCUUAAUGCCAUUGUGUUAAAAAAAAAAAUGCUGGUAUGUAAUGCAAGUACAUAAAUAGCCAAAGUUUUCAGUAAUUGUUCAGUGUUAACUAAAUUUUGCUUUUAUUUAACCUUCCAAGAUAACAUUUAGGAAGACCUUCAGCAUGUUGACGUCACAAAAGUCUGAUCAGCUUGAUUAGAGCAGAAGGUGGAGUUAUUGGAACACAUUUCAGGUUUGAAUACAAUUUGGAGGCAAAGUUUUUUAAGAUGCAAAACUUCCUUUGCACUGUAAUGACACUUCAAAUGCUGCUUUUACAGUGGCUCAUUGGUAAUUGUUAUUCAAACAUCAUGAAGGUCUUUCCUGAGAAAUCAGGUGACUUUUCUAUUGCUUCGAUUUUUGUGCAAAAAAGUUAAAAAGAAAAAAAAUCAAUGUAUUGCAAUCUUUUUUAAAAACGGGGUGGGAAUAGUUAAAGAAAACUAUUUUAUGUAAGAACUGACAGAGGGAUUUGCUUUGUAUAAUGCAAGCUGGCUUUAAAAAAAGCAUUGUAGCAAAAUUAUUCAAGUCAAUCAUAUGUUAAUAGUUAUGUGCAACCAGACAUGCAAAACAAUUGUAUUUUUUUAAAUAAAUAUUUUUAACAAA